CUUCGAGGCGAGCGUUUCUGGAAUAACAGCUGGUGGACAGCAAAGCGCCGCGGUUGAUUUCGUUACAGUUUGAAUCGACUUUAAGUGGGUGCGAGGCAAUUGAAUCUGUGAGUGUCAGUGCGUUCGAUCCCCCAGUCACGUUGAUAGCGAACGGAAACUCAAUUAACGGGGACUUUGCAGUUGGACCGCUCCCAGGAUACCAUCCACGAUGCAGGCGGUGCACAUCUCCACGCACAGCACUAGGCGGCUGGUGCUGCUGCUCUCCUUGAUGCUCAAUGCCGCCAUCCAGCCACGCUCCAUGGCCGUGAGUGCCACCGAUGACGUAGCCAACGUGUCGCCCUGCGAGAUGGAGUCCCUUAUAAAUCAACUUAUUAACCCCAGUCCCGAGUAUCAGCUACACGCCUCCGCCUUGCGCAACCAACUGAAGAACCUGCUCCGAGAACGCCAGCUGGCCGUGGGCGAGGAGCAGCCCCUGGGUGAGUACUCGGACUACUUGGAGGAGGACAAGCGCUCGGUGGCGGCUCUGGCUGCUCAAGGUCUCCUCAACGCCCCCAAGCGAAGCCUCGCCACGCUGGCCAAGAACGGGCAGCUACCGACGGCGGAACCUGGCGAGGAUUACGCCGACGCGGACUCCGGCGAGCCCAGCGAGCAGAAGCGCUACAUCGGCACCCUGGCCAGGGCCGGGGUGAUGACCUACGGCAAGCGCAACGUGGGCACCCUGGCCCGCGACUUCCAGCUGCCCAUACCCAACGGCAAGCGCAACCUGGCCACCUUGGCGCGGCUGCAGAGCGCCCCCUCCACCCACCGGGAGCAGCCCAAGCGGAACGUGGCCGCCGUCGCCCGCUACAACUCGCAGCAGAGCCACAACCAACGCGCCAGUGCCGAGAAGCGUAACCUGGGUGCCCUGAAGUCCUCGCCGGUCCACGGAGUGCAGCAGAAGCGCGAGGACGAGGAGAUGCUCCUGCCGGCCGCCGCCCCCGACUACGCCGAUCCCAUGCAGAGCUACUGGUGGUACCCCAGCUACGCUGGCUACGCUGACCUCGACUGGAACGACUACCGCCGGGCAGAGAAGCGCUUCCUAGACACCUCUAAGGAUCCCGAGUUGUUCGGCAUUGAGCACGGCAACGACGCCAAUGCCGCUGCAGCCGCCAAGGAGGCGGACGAGGCGGAGGAGUCAGAGGAGGCGCCGAAGGCGGAGGUGGAGUCAGGGAGCGAGCAGUGGCCCUCGCCGCAGAAGCGCCACAUUGGCGCCGUCUACCGCUCCGGGUUCCUGCCCAGCUACCGCUACCUGCGGAGCCCCACUGGAGGCGGUGGCUACGGCGGGGCCGGCGGGCGGUUCAGUCGCUCGGGACGGGACGCCAGGCAAUUUGUCGGGUACUACCACCAACACGAGCGACUGCGUCAACCCACCGCAGCCGUUUGUAAGCAGUGCUUCAUACCCAAUCAACCGAUGAUCAACUGGAGUGGUGCCGGCAUAAGCGGUCGGCUGCCCAAGUACCUCGUGGAUCCCGCCGGCCCCCAAGCGCGCUCGCCCAGCCUCGCCAGCAACUCGCUGCCGUCGGGACGCCCGCCGCGUCCGCUCCUGCGCUCCGGGGCCGUCGUCUAUCCGCCCUUCCACUCCUGGGGCACUCCUCCGCGUAUCACAGCACUGCACCGACGCGAAUUUCGACGCAACCUGGACAAUUACGAAUACUAAAUAUCGACAAUAUACUCUUUAUGAAACGAGCGAUGAAGCGAUGAAGCGAUGCUGAUUGCCCCAAUACCGUAAUCGGAACGUAGAACUUUACUGAAACUACAUAUUCUAAUUUAAGAUCAACAAGUUAUUGGUCGAGUCACACACAACACCUGCGGCACCAACAACAACAAACGAGGGCUUUCGAGCGAAAUCGAGGCCUGCAGUUGAAGGUGCCCCGAUUUGAACGAUCUGUAUUGAUAUAUCUCUCAAUGUAUAAACUAUAUUUACAAGCAUGAAGUAACUGAUAUCAGUGCAAAGCGAAAAACGAUAAAUAUCAAACCGAGUCAUAUCGUCUCUUUAUCAUUUAAACUCUUGAAGGAAUAUUGAAUUAGUGCCAAUGUUGUACCUUGCAAGAACUAGAUUCUCUCGAAGAACUUUAUCCUUCAUCGCUAAUAUAUUGAUACCAGUUUAGACUCCCUUUCCCAAACGACUUUUAUGUGUAUAUGACAAUAAAUAUGUACUUCCCCUAGUCCAAAGCUAAGUAUUGCCACCAACGAUCAUUGAUAUAUGAGAGUGUUAACAAACUGCGUCGAAGACAAUAAAACUUGGUGAGAAGAAAAGAAAAUAUCGAUUUAUAUAUACAUAAAUAUACUAUACAUAUGUAUUCAGACAAUAAAUAAAUAUUGACAAUAAACCGUAGAAAAGGUAUCCAGUAUUUCCUUACAAAUCAUUUAAAUUGAUUAAAUCCUUUUUAAAUUGUUCGUGUAAGAUCGGAGAUCGUAAAAGAAGAACAUUAUAUCUAAACCACAGUGCGUAAUAAUAAGUCUGAUGUCGUCAAUAAUUAACUUUCUAACCAAAGUAAUCCAAAGAUUAAAGAAAACUGUAACCAAGUGUUUACUUCGAUCAUAUUUGAAACCUAUAGACCCUGGCAUGCACUGGGUCAGGCUCUGGAUCUGGAACAGGAUCAGAGCUCAGUACCCACUAUCAAUGUUACGUAUCUGUAAACACAUUAUGUAUAUCAUACAAUUAUAAUGCAAGCAUAUACAAAUAUUACUGGUUUGUUCCUAUACUACAA